CCCCUCGGUGCCUGCGCGCGCGGGGGCUCCGCGCUCCGAGGCGGUGCCGCGAUGGGGCCGCGGCUGCUGCUGGUGCCGCUCGGCUGCUUCGCGCUGUUGCUGCCGCCGCCCGGCGCCGCCGAGUUCAGCCCCUCCCUGGACAGCGAUUUCACGUUCACGCUGCCCGCCGGCCGCAAGGAGUGCUUCUACCAGCCCAUGCGCAAGGAGGCCUCGCUGGAGCUCGAGUACCAGGUUCUAGAUGGAGCAGGAUUAGAUGUCGAUUUUCAUCUGCUGUCCCCAAAAGGUGAAACUCUAGUUUUUGAUGAAAGAAAAUCAGAUGGAGUUCAUACGGUAGAAACAGAAGAUGGGGAUUACAUGUUCUGCUUUGACAACACAUUCAGUACCAUUUCUGAAAAGGUAAUUUUCUUUGAACUGAUCCUGGACAAUAUGGGAGAAGAUGGUCAAGAUGAGGAAGACUGGAAGAAGUACGUUACAGGCACAGAUCUCCUAGACAUGAAAUUGGAAGAUAUUCUGGAAUCCAUCAACAGUGUCAAAGCCAGAUUAAGCAAAAGUGUCCAGAUUCAGACCCUGCUCAGAGCAUUUGAGGCUCGUGACCGAAACAUACAAGAAAGCAACUUUGACAGAGUGAAUUUCUGGUCCAUGGUCAACUUGGGAGUAAUGGUGGUGGUAUCAGCUGUUCAGGUUUACAUGUUGAAAAGUCUCUUUGAAGAUAAGAGGAAAAGUAGAACUUAAUAUUCAUUAAUGUUCAUAUUACGGUCAUAACAAUAUAACAGGUAUGGGGGAGAAGGGGAGUARUAAACCACGGUAAAGAAAAUAAAGGACUUUCAGGUUCUUUUGAGCAGACAGUAAAAAUCAGGUUUUCAAUUCAUGUUGGGCUUUUUGGGUGUGAUGGUGCCGGUCUUGUUUGUAUUUGGGGGGGUUUUCUGUUGUUUUUUGUGGUGGUUUGUUGGGGUUUUUUUUAAUGUAAUGCCUCCUUCCAAGCUCUCCCAUUUUUCCAAAUACUACUAACUAUUUUUUUGUACUUGUAGGAUUUGUUAAYGAUUGUUAAUGCCUACCUUAUGCAUAGCACAAUUGGUGCAUUUGCAAAGUAAUGUUAAUAUAACUGUCAUUUUUUUUCAUUUUCAUGUGAAAGUUGUAACUUAGACAUUGCUUUCGUUUUUGUUAAAUACUGAGUGAAUUUACAUGUGUGCCUAAGUUUACAGGAUUGGUAGUUACUGUCAGUUAUCUUCAAAGUUACAUGUYUUUUAAAAUCCUCUGCUUUUGUUCUUUGGCAUCAUGGAGAAACACUGRGCUAACUAUGUAAGAACCUGACAUCUCUUUUUAUAACAGAUGACUAAUAUCRGCACUUUAAAAAAAGCACCAUCAAUGUGAAAUUGAGUUAGUCUUGAAAAACAAUUGGAGAAAAUAGGUACAAUUCCUGUUCAURAAUCUUUCUGUCCUGUAGUUGCACCAAUCCUAUUUUCCUUUUUGGCUGUUACAUGAGACAAGUGACUACAUGGUAUUCAAACAAAUGUAGGCACACUUGAAGUAUGAUUUGCAAAUUCUUAGUUACUGUAACCUCAUGUAAUAGCUAAUUUUUUUUAAAGUAAUUUCUCAUGGCUUUUUCCUCUAAUAAAGGCAGGGGUAUGCCAAAACACACAUUGAUUGGUARUCUCAAAAUCCCUCUUAUUUUCCACUUUAUUUUUAUUACAAUUAUGACUAAUGUAAGAAUCAGGUGACUUACAUAGGCAUAUAAAACCAAAGCUGUUCACCUAAACUUUUCCUUUUUUGCUCACCCUGACAAGUCUUUCAGUUGUGUAAGUACACUCUCUUCAUAAAACCAGUGUUUCUGUAUCUAGCUGUUYAUAUGAAUAAGGCACAAAUUACAGGAGCAGUAAGUGCAGGCUUCAAGUUUUAUGAUCAACUGAACCUAUAGUAUCACUUAACUAAGACAAAGCUAAUAUCAAAUCAGAAGUUUAUAGUAUCUGGAUGAAGUGGCAUUUAAGUGUAGUGAAGGUAUAGAGUUUUUGCCAAAACCCCUGCUGCGUGAGAACUAACUUUUUUUUAGUAGUUCCAAGUUAGUAAUUUUCACAGUGUGCCAAGAGAUUGGAAUUUCUUGCAUAAAUGUGUUAACUACAUUUCAUCAUAAGAGUUUUUAAAAAACUUUAUUAAAAACCCUUUUAAAGAAGUGUUUUAAAAAGUGUAGUGUUGUGCCUGUUGUGGGGUCAUCUGUAUGAAUGGCAAAGUUGCAGCUUUGAGACUGUCUGUGAUUAAAUACYGAUUAUUGCAUAAAAACAGGGUCAUUAGGUGCACUGAAGAAAUACUUUGUUCAAAUGAAGCAGAUGCUAGCAARGGCUACAGAACAUAGGAACAGCACUUCAGUUUCAGCUUCAGACUAGAGGUCCUAGCAAUAAUAUUUCUAGUUUUUAUAAGCAAAAGUAUUAUUACUACAGAACUUGUUACAGAGGGCUCAAAGGCUGUUGAGCUACUUCAUCUUUCUGCAAAGCUGUGUCCAAAAUAAGACUAUACCCCUUUAGCCUAUUGGGUAUCUUACUUCCAUAUGAUGCUUUCUAAUGUAAACUGCCUGGAAUUAGAAAGCUUAUUUCUGUGAUAAGAAAAAUGUCUAGGAAAAAAUAACUCAGCUAGAGUAGAAAUAAUGUUUUCCUGCCAUUUCCCUGUCCAUCGGCCAUUCGCACUAUACCACAUCAUUAUCUUUGCUUGCAUCACCAUGUGUGAUGCUACAAACAUCUGCAAAACGCUGAACCAGCUCUGGGAAGCUGUGACUAAGACAUCUACCUCUGCUCUCCAAGCGACUAGAUUCAAGAUUUCAGCUUAGAACUCCAAGAAAUAAGCUCUGCCAAGUUUUCUAAGGGCACCUUAAGGGAUUUGGUUCCCUAGCUGCUCUGCUGUGCCUCUCUUGCAUUAGUUACACAUCAGUGGCAAAACUUUGGUGUCUCAGUUUAAUCUGCUCCUGAAUGCAGACUGCUCUAAUCAAAGAUGCAGUUCUGCUGCAGUUCAGUGUCUCCUGUUACAAGCAGUAAACUCUAGUAGAGGGGAAAUAAUGCAACAACAGGCAGCAAAGGUCAUCUGAGGAAAUUACUGGUUUGCGACUAAGAGCUCUGACUGUAUUUUCUCCUUAUUUAAGGUCCACUAUAGAAAAUGAAAGGGGGAAUAACUAGAAAGGUUCGUUGAUUUUGGCA